UUGGUGAGAAGUGUUUCCGUUGUUUGGUGACUGUUCAAAGGGUCGCGAUAAGAAGAUUGAUAUGUCAGAGAUGUCUUUAAUCUUGAUAGGCAGAGGCUGACUAAAAUAGAAAUGGAAUUGUUAUAGAGUGCCCGGAUGUUUAGAGCAAUAUAUUAUCAUGCGCACUCUCCAAAUUCUUUGUAAUCGUGAUGGUAUCAACAAUUGCAUCAACAGCAGCGACAUCAAAAAACAAAACGUCUUCGCCACCAUUCAGUAUCAUGAAAUAUCAGUAUCCACCUGUUUUCAAAGAUUUUAUCAUCCACCUAGUCCAAUCUUUGAACAGUUCAAGUCGUGCAGCAUUCAAGUUUUAUUGCAAGGGUCUCAUUCCAGAUUCGAUGCUAGAUGGCAACAUGGCUACUGACGUUGAGUUCUUCGCAUUAAUCGAGUCCCUUCAGAGAUCUAAUCAUUUGUCUUUCACCAACAUGUCACUGCUUAAAGAAAUCCUCUCAAGUAUUGGUCGUCGUGAUUUGCUGCAGGACCUCAAAAAAGUAAAACUGCGGAUCUCAAUUGGUUUCAUUUUAGAAGAUUACCUGAAAUUCAAAUACGUUGAUGGUAUGAAACCUGCUAAAAAUCACACCGAUAUCGUGGAUCUUCUACUUACUACUGAAGUAGAAAAUUGCGACCUGAUAACGCAAGUGCUUCUACAGUUUAAUUCACUUUGUUCUGAUCGAAACUUUCUGAAGAAAUUUACAGAUGUCGCUCGACUUGAUUCCCAACUAUCGUGGCCGAUGGUUACCUCAUCUUUGGUGAUAAUUGGUGAGCUGUAUGCUUCCUUCACUCUCCAUUCAAAAAGUUUCGAGGAAGGUUCCUAUGUGUACUGGUUCUCCAACACCAAGGCAAGCGAGUUGCUGUCAGAUUGGAUUUUUGUAAACGGGGGUUUGAUACAAACUGGACCAAAGGAAAACACUGCGUCGAUGUUGUGAUCAUCAUUUGAAUUCAAUGUGCACAAGUUACAAUUCACCAAGAAUUGAUAUUGACGAUGGAAGACAAUAGAGGAAGUUGUAAUGAGCGAGUUUCAACUAUCAUCUUUCGUUCUCUGUUUAAUAUUUACCCGUUUUCAAGGACGAACAUUCGAUUACAACGUUCUUUUGUAAAGUCAAACUUUUAUUCCGUCAUGCUCGAAUACACCAAUAAUUAUUUGGGCUUCCCACGCUUCUGGAAGUUGUGUUCGAUAAUCUUCGCGAUUAGAAACUUCCAUAACUUGCAACAUAACUUAAAAAACGCAUGUUAAAAAUGCUUCUAAGCGAAACAUUUCGUUUUGCGCAAAGAUAAACCCCAAAUGUUUACAGAGAGUUAAUGUGACUUUUGCACCAUUCGAUGAUUCUAAAAGACCGAUCAAGCAAAUUAAAACUCCACUGAUUUAUUCAUAAACUCUAAAUACACGGAGGUCAUCUGCAUGAAUAAAAAUUAACCUCUGCGUAAAAUGAGAAUGAGGUAUUCUUGAAAGCCUACAAAGCAGUUAAACUUCUUUCAAAGCAAAACUUUUUGAUAGCUUGCUCCUCUCUUUGAGUCAGAAAAUUAAAUGUUAGAGAACUAAAUGUCACUCCAAAACAACAUCAAUUAAUGCUGAAAUGUCUUUUCU